AUCCAGAUUUUUGCGUCUCUUAAGGCUUAAGAGAAUCUAUCUUGAGCGAAAAUCCAUCAAGUAUGGUCAAUCUUGGUCCACCAUGAUCCUGAAAGGGAGGACUCAGUCACAAGCUCAAUAACACAAUCUCAAUUAUAAGGGAAAAUAUGAUGAUACUGGCCUCCAAGAUAGACCAAGAGACUGACCAAGAUAAUUACUGAAGAUUGUUUGCUCCUCUCUUUGUCGAUCACCGUCUAGUCCUUUAUUCUUUUGUAUUUUUGUUUCCUAGUUAGGCGUGCUCCACCGAUAUUAUUACUGACUAGGUAGCGAUGUCCUUUAUAACUUAUUAUUAUUUGCUAGGUAAAUGAAUGAAUGAAUGAAUUUGACCAAGAUGCUGACUAUGUAGUCUGCUUGAUGUUCGCAGCAUCUAUUAGACUCUAAUGCUCGUGAGCCCCUCUGCUCGCGUACACCGAAUGAGUUUCCAGCGGCAAUCUUGGAAUUCGAAACUGGGAGUUCUUUUGUCUCUGAUUCCGCUACUCAGCGGUGGCGAAUGCAGCAUGAUGUUGAGAGCACAGGAGACUUUUUAAGGCUCAGUAGUUGCAACGUAUAUAAUUGAUUCAUCUUAUAAGCUUAAGGUCGUAGUCAAGAAGCAUCAGCAUCUUCUUUGAGUUUGACUUUGUUGUUGUUCCUCUUUUGUUCAUUAAGGAGAGGAAAAUAACACGGCAAGAAUAAAGUAUGAAGAUGCCGAUACAUGCUCUUCAAGAUGUCUUCCAGAUGAAUAUAAAAAACUCAAUGUCUUCUUCUAAGAAGAGAUGAUACUCAACAAUCGCCGGCGCGUCCUCCGACUCCAGAAGAUGUGAAUCCUUACCGCUUCGUUGUCCGUCAUUGCUAUUGCCGAAACCCGAAAAAAAUCAAGGAAGGGAAGGCUUACAAGCGUGUGAGCCACUAUGCUUCGUUCGAAGGAGAUAAUAUCGUGAAAGACUUCGAUUACACCAUGGUUCGCUUUUUGAUCAAUGAUCAAAAUAAAAUGGACUACCAAUAUUGCAGACAUUGAUCAUGCUAAUAUUUAACAGAAUAAAAACUACUAAGUACUUCUUAUAAGAAUAAUUAACUAUUAAGUGUACUUCACGGACUACAUUCAGACUUUGUCUCUACGGGUGUAGUUAGGAACGACACUAACAGGGGCAUACACAUGACAUGACGGAGGCUGUUUCGACCUGGGUCCAAUUAAAUAUUGCAGACAUUAAUGUUGGUAUAACUUCGAGCCGGGUGUUGUUUAGAGCUAGACACCUCCUUCGUAGCGGUAGCGUAGCCUUCUAGUAAAAACAAUUUCGGUCUGCUUAUUCUGGUAGGUAGGAGACGAGCAGUGAAGUGAUAGUAAUAGUAAUACAUGGAGGUGUAUGAUAAUAAUGAUUAGAAUGCUUCUUUUUCUCAUGAUGUAUGUACUUAGUUAUUAACAUAAUUUUCUUCGUCUUAGCAUAUAGACAUAGUACUUGUAGUUAUUAACAUACAGAAUUUUCUUUGUUUUAGCAUAUCAUACACAUAGUACUUAGACUUACUCUUACUUCAACAUAGGACUUCUAUAUUCAUCAAGAAGAAAUAAGACUAUGUUAGUCCUGGACGUUGAGCAAGUACUAUUGCGAAAAAUGUACUUCGGUCGUGACAUUGAGCACUCGUCUAAGUAAUAACGCGUUGAAUCACCUUAGUGGUUUAGGCGUUGACCUGUAAACUUAUCAGAAGCAACUAAGUGUAGUCUAUGUCCAUCAUUUUUACUUGCUCAGAAGUGGACGAAUAGACAAUU